UGUGUGAGUGUGUGUGUGUGUGUCUGUGUGUGUGUGUGUGUGUGAGUGUGUGUGUGUGUGUGUGAGUGUGUGUGUGUGAGUGUGUGUGUGUUAACUUACAUUUUAUUUUAUGAUCGAUAAAGUUAACAAAUAUAUCACAGUGAAAAGAUUAAAGAAAAGUUAUAUAGAGCCUGUAAAGCUAUGCAAGCUAAAGAGCUAAAGGCGGAGCAACAAACAUCUGGAUGUUCUCCAUCCGGGUCAGACCGGGUGUGUUUCCGGUGAGCACAGUCAGCGGUUUUUUUCAGCUGUGUCGCCAGCACGGCGGCGGCGGCGGUAGCGGCACUGCAGCGGGAGAUGAGCGCUCACACCGGGACUCCAUCAUGGGUGUGCUGCGGGGUUCAUUUCCUCCUCCUGCUCGCCCAAAUGUCCUGUAACAUGGAGUUUGAGAUCUCGGUACCCGCUCGUGUGCAGAUGGGCAUGUACGGCGAGUCGGUGGUUCUGCCCUGCACGUUCCCAGUGAGCAGCUCGUGGGACGCAGGCAGCAGUGUGAUCACGUGGCAGCGCCAACUAGAAGUGGUCCACAGUUUCUUCUACGGCCUAGACCAACCGCAGUACCAGAGCCAGAGAUACGCCAACCGCACCAGCCUGUUCUACCAGGAGAUGAAGAACGGGAACGCGUCGCUCAGGCUGGACCGUACCACUCUGGAGGACGCGGGGGAGUACACCUGCUCCAUCAGCACUCAGCUGGGCAGCCAGAGGAAGAGCUUCGGCCUCAAAGUAGCAGCGUUCUACCCCGAGCCUCAUGUGCACAUCAUUAUGCUGAACGACGGCCAUGUGGAGGUUGUGGUGACCUCGGAAGGCGGGUACCCCUCCCCCUCGCUGCAGUGGCUGAUGGGAAACGAGAGCGACAUCACCAACGACACUCUCACGCAGCUGAGGCAGGACGAACACACACGUCUGUACAGCGUGAACAGUAAACUGAACCUGAGCGGCACCGUCAACUCCUCCAUCACCUUCAUCAUGAAGAACCCCGAUCUGGGCCAGGAGAUCAGGAGGAACAUCGAACUCUUCUCAGAGAACGGAGGACAUGAACACGAACAGAACACCGCUACACCGUUCCUUCUUGGACUGGCCACUGGGAUGCUUUUUAUCCUUAUAGUUUUAAUAGUCAUUAUUUUCAUGUGUAAAAUGAGCUUUAAAAAGCGUUCCUCCCGAAGAGGUGUAGGUUCAGAGAUACAGCACUCAGAAUCACGGCCGUGUUCGGACCAUCAGCUACAGAGAUCAACAUGUUUAUCAGAAGAACGCGAGCACAUUGCUGAACCUCACAGCAGAUGAUGAACAGAAUUAUUGCGUCUUUCUGGCUGCCAGGAACUUUUUUCAGCAUCUGUGGGCAUCUGGAGCGAUUCCCAGUCAAGCUCAGACAGAUUUAGAAUUGGAGGUAAACGAUUUACAGUCAUGUGAAAAAAUAAGUACACCCCUUGGAAAUUGCUGGGGGUUUUUUUUUUUGACACAUUUGGACGAGCAAACAUCUGAUCCUCUUUGAAACCGUGCAUAUGAAUAAAGUUGAUGUACUUUAAUAACAAGGGGAACUCCGGAACAAUAACAAGGGGAACUCCAGACACUAGAUACGAGAGGCAUGCAAAUAAGACCGGUUCCACCUGCACUCCCUGAGCAGGUUCUAAUCACCAGCACCCAAUCAAAGGAAUGAUAAAUGUAGGGGUGUACUUACUUUUUAUAUGUGACAGAUCUGUUUUUUUGUUCAUUUAAAUUGUGAAAGUUUCCACAUUUCAGUUUUAUGUGUCACUGGAUAGAGUCUAUGACCUUUAUUACUAGGCACUGUUUCGUAUGUGAGCUUUUCGGGGUAAGGCUUUUCGGGGUUUGCUCGUGGGAAGAUGUGUUUGAGUGCAGUGAAUUAGAAGAGCUGAGACGAAAACAGAGUUGAUCUCUGGUAAAUCUGAGUCACAGUGAGAAAUUGGCCUUUAUCAUGGUGAAAACAAAAUCCUGUUUAUUCUGUAUAAUUACAUCAGCCUAGCACAUGUCUGUGGACUGGGGACCAGCUGGGGAAACAUGCAAAAUACACACGUGCAGGGUGUGAGGCGUAUGUGCUAACUACUAACCACUGUGCUCCUCUAUCUAUAUUAGAGAUAUACCUCUAUCUAUAUUUCUCUAUCUAUAUUAGAGAGAGGGAGAGACAGAGAGAGGGAGAGAGAGAGGGAGAGAGAGGGAGAGAGAGAGGGAGAGACAGAGAGAGAGAGGGAGAGACAGAGAGAGAGAGGGAGAGAGAGAGAAAGGGAGAGAGAGAGAGAGGGAGAGAGAGAGAGAGGUUGGGGGGAAGAUAUGAGUUCAGAUGCUCAUAAAAACGUGUACAGGAUUUGAAGUGCUGUAGAUUUGGGUGUAGUGUGCGGUGUUUGUUACAUGUACAGUACUGUAAAAUUGCGUUGUUUACAUAUGAGUUUAUUAGGAAGUCAGUGUGGGACAUGAUACAGCUCCCAGUGGAGCAGAGAGGGUUAAAGGUCAUACAAGGGCAGAUUGGUGGUGCUGGCGCUUGAACCCUCAACCUUCUGAUCAAUAAACCAGUGUCUUAACCAGUGAGUCCCCACGGGGGCUGUCCACCAUGUCCACUGAAAUACCCUUCCUCACGCUGCCGUUUACAUUCGUACACUACACUGAUUAUUACCCGCUGCAUCACACACACACACACAACAACAUGGGCCUCCCUUUGUGGCCCCCUCGAGUCAUAAAAUUUUCAGUUUCUUUCUUCACGUUAGUCUCUUCCGUAUUAACUUCCUCAGCUAACACUCCACGUCCUCUAUCUAAAAACUUAUCCGUUUGAAAUAGUGUUAGAUUUUAUCUGUGUGACUAACAGUACACUGUUACAUCAGCAGACAUCUCGGAUUGGUGUGUCUUUAGUGUGCUGUGUAUCAUUUAUGAAUAUUUCUCAUUUUUAUGUACAUCACAGUCCAAAGGUUGACAAUCCCGACUUCCAUACAGGUAAAAUUGAUUUUUUUUUUUUUU